CUCCGGAAUCAUCCUCUGGCCCUGGAGCUGCUGCUGCUGCUGCUGCUUUUGCUUUUGGGGCUGAGUUUAAUAAGCGAGCGAGCGAGCGCGGGGGAAAAAGGCAGAGAAUGACCGCCGUCUACCCUCCGUUCCUGGGCGCGCUCUCAUUCAUAGCAGCCUCUUCAUGAAUUACAGCUGAGGGGGGCGGGGGAGGGGGGUACCACACAACACCCCAGCAAACCUCCGGGCCCCCAGGCAUGGCUAGCUCGUGUGCCGUGCAGGUGAAGCUGGAGCUGGGGCACCGCGCCCAGGUGAGGAAAAAACCCACAGUGGAGGGCUUCACCCACGACUGGAUGGUGUUCGUGCGCGGUCCGGAGCACAGUAACAUACAGCACUUUGUGGAGAAAGUCGUCUUCCACUUACACGAAAGCUUUCCUAGGCCAAAAAGAGUGUGCAAAGAUCCACCUUACAAAGUAGAAGAAUCUGGGUAUGCUGGUUUCAUUUUGCCAAUUGAGGUUUAUUUUAAAAACAAGGAAGAACCUAAGAAAGUCCGCUUUGAUUAUGACUUAUUCCUGCAUCUUGAAGGCCAUCCACCAGUGAAUCACCUCCGCUGUGAAAAGCUAACUUUCAACAACCCCACAGAGGAUUUUAGAAGAAAGUUGCUGAAGGCAGGAGGGGACCCUAAUAGGAGUAUUCAUACCAGCAGCAGCAGCAGCAGCAGCAGUAGCAGCAGCAGCAGCAGCAGCAGCAGCAGUAGUAGUAGCAGUAGCAGCAGCAGCAGCAGUAGCAGCAGCAGCAGCAGCAGCAGUAGCAGCAGCAGCAGCAGUAGUACCAGUUUUUCAAAGCCUCACAAAUUAAUGAAGGAGCACAAGGAAAAACCUUCUAAAGACUCCAGAGAACAUAAAAGUGCCUUCAAAGAACCUUCCAGGGAUCACAACAAAUCUUCCAAAGAAUCCUCUAAGAAACCCAAAGAAAAUAAACCACUGAAAGAAGAGAAAAUAGUUCCUAAGAUGGCCUUCAAGGAACCUAAACCCAUGUCAAAAGAGCCAAAACCUGACAGUAACUUACUCACCAUCACCAGUGGACAGCAAGAUAAGAAGGCUCCUAGUAAGAGGCCCCCCAUUUCAGAUUCUGAAGAACUCUCAGCCAAAAAAAGGAAAAAGAGUAGCUCAGAGGCUUUAUUUAAAAGUUUUUCUAGUGCACCACCACUGAUACUCACUUGUUCUGCUGACAAAAAACAGAUAAAAGAUAAAUCUCAUGUCAAGAUGGGAAAAGUCAAAAUUGAAAGUGAGGCAUCAGAGAAGAAGAAGUCAGCGUUACCGCCAUUCGAUGACAUCGUGGAUCCCAACGAUUCAGACGUGGAGGAGAAUAUGUCCUCUAAAUCUGACUCCGAGCAGCCCAGUCCUGCCAGUUCCAGCUCCAGCUCCAGCUCCAGCUUCACACCGUCCCAGACCAGGCAACAAGGUCCUUUAAGGUCUAUAAUGAAAGAUCUGCAUUCUGAUGACAAUGAGGAGGAAUCGGAUGAGGCAGAAGAUAAUGACAACGACUCAGAAAUGGAAAGACCUGUAAAUAGAGGAGGCAGCCGAAGUCGCAGAGUUAGCUUAAGCGAUGGCAGUGAUAGUGAAAGCAGCUCUGCUUCUUCACCCCUACAUCAUGAACCUCCACCGCCAUUAUUAAAAACCAACAACAACCAGAUUCUUGAAGUGAAGAGUCCAAUAAAGCAAAGCAAAUCGGAUAAGCAAAUAAAGAAUGGUGAAUGUGACAAGGCUUACCUGGACGAGCUGGUGGAACUUCACAGAAGGUUGAUGACGCUGAGGGAAAGACACAUUCUGCAACAGAUUGUGAACCUUAUAGAAGAAACUGGACACUUUCAUAUCACAAACACAACAUUUGAUUUUGAUCUUUGCUCGCUGGACAAAACUACAGUCCGUAAACUACAGAGUUACCUGGAAACAUCUGGAACAUCCUGAGGAUAUAACAACUGGAUGCAUCAAAAACUAUUGCUUUUUUUUUUUUUUUUGGUUGUGAUUUUUUUUUGUUAUUGUUGUUUAUAUGAAAACACUCAGAAUGAUGCAACCAAAAGGGAAAAAAUAAAAAUCAAACAACCUUCAGCUUUAUUUUCCUUUAAAGCCAGUCAUCAUCUCUUGAUAAAGGAGAGGUUAAGCAAACCAGCCUCAGCGGACCACUCUUCUCUCCAAGGAAAUCCCCGGGAAGAGUUAGCCUGGAUAGCCUUGAAAACAAACAAAGCAAACACAAUACAAGAAAACUUAAAGAAUG